UUAUAGACGAAGAAGCAGAAUGGAACAAAGGGACACUACGAUUGAGGGUUAUAAUCAAGAUGAUAGCCUGUCACUUAUAAAAGCGUUUAAGAAAGACACUUCAAAAGAUGAUAUUAAGUAUCUUUUGGAAGUUGGAGCAAACGUAAAUGAGAUUGGCGAGCAAGGAAUAACACCAUUAAUGCUUGCUGCUUCAAAACAUUUUUCUUCCGAAAUUGUUCAACGGAUGAUUGACCUUAAUGCGAAUGUAAAUGCGGUUGACAAAUCAUUGCGGUCGCCCUUAUUCUUUGCAUUAGUCAAUUGGUACAACACAAUCACUACGGGGGCAUUGAAAGUAUUAUUACAGAAUGGAGCAAAGCUAAUGAGAAACACAGUAUCCACUUUAAUGUGUGCCAUUUUUUUUGGAUGUGAUUAUGAUGUCAUAGAACUGAUACUCGAUCAUAGUACGGCUGAUGAUGUUAACUUGAAAACAAAUUAUGAUGGAAAAACUGCUCUCCUGUACGCUCUUGGAAGAGGGGUUGACCUAGAAAUCAUUACAUUGCUGCUAGAUCGUGGCGCCAGUGCUAUUAUUGGAGACAAAAAUAAAAAAACACCGCUGUGGACUGCUUUUGAAAAUAAUUGUGAAGACGACAUCAUAGAUCUUCUUUUAAGCAAUGGCGCGGAUCCCAAUAUUGGCCCAGAGCUUUGUUACAGAAGAACACCAUUAAUGAUCGCAAUAUCAACGAAUAGAAGCAAAGAUGUUAUAAAGCAACUUCUAGAUUAUCGAGCUGAUGUAAAUCAGAGCGAUGAAUAUGGUUGGACCCCACUCAGAUUUGCGUGUCGAUCUCGUGAUCGCGAUAUAAUUCAGCUGUUGUUUGAUCGAGGAGCAGAUGCAAAUAUCACCGAUCAUGAAAAAGUGAGUCCGUUGAUGUAUGCCGUUGAGCUAAAACUUCCUGGGAGAACCUUAGAGAUGUUACUUGAGCAUGGUGCAAACAUAAAUCAUCAGGACGAAAACGGAGAUACAUCGUUAAUGCAUGCUAUUUACCAUCAAUGCAAUGAGGAUGUAUUCAGGGUUUUGCUUGAAAGGGCGGAUCUUGAUGUACAUGUAUCUAACAACGAGGGCUUCACGGCACUUAAGCUCGCCAUCAGGCACCACUCGUUAUUUAGUAG